AAAAAAAAAUAUUUGACAGUAUUUUUGAUAUUUUUGACGGAAGUACCUACAGUGAACAAAGAGAAUAAAAUCACUAUGCUUUAUCAGUGAACUUAACACCAAUUAGUACCUACAGCAAAUAUCAUGACCACGCAAUAAAAAAGUCACAAAAAUAGUAAAAUGUGAUGUUAAAAAACAUAUUUUACAAAAGUAUUGAAAAAAAAUGGCCCAAAAAAUAUUUUGUUGUUUAUUUGCAACGCAGCUAAAGAAAAACACACUGAUCUUACAAAAAAGAAAUGUACAAGUAUCUGUUAUUGGAGCAGCAAGUGAUAUUGGUUCAUAUGUGUCUCUCUUUCUGAAGCGAAAUUCUAAAGUAAGCAAACUACAUUUGUAUGACGACGAUGAUAGAAUUAAAGGCACAGAAUUGGAACUAAGCAAUCUACCAGGUGGGCCUUCAGUUUCUGCUUUUAUUGGAGAUACUAAUUUAGAACAAGCCAUCCAUUCAUCAAAUUUGGUUGUAAUGGUCUCGCGAAUGCCACGUAAGCCUGGUAAUACAAGAGAACAAAUGCUCGGGGCUAAUGCACCAUUGAUUCAAAGACUUUGCAAAGCCAUUGCAGCUCAAAAUCAGGAAGCGUUUGUAGCUAUAUCUACCAACCCCAUAAAUUAUCUGAUACCUUUUGCAAGUACUGUAAUGUAUAAAUACGGGUGUUACAAUCCGUCCAAAAUGUUUGGAAUCACGCAUAUAGACACGUCAAGAAGUCGAUCAUUUGUUGCUAAAGCGUUGAAAAUUAACGCACAAGAGAUACAAGUACCGGUAAUAGGAGGUCAUUCUGACAAGACUAUCAUACCGCUGUUUUCGAAUUUAACUCCUCGAAAUUAUCGUAUUGAACCAUGCCAAGCUGAUAUGUUAACGAGACUGGUGAGGAAAGCCGGCACAGAAGUAGUUAUGCACAAACAUGGAGCGGAAUCUUCGACGCUGGCAAUGGCAUGGUCUAUAAAUGAAUUUAUUGAUAUUAUCUUGGAUGCAAUACUUGGAUAUAGAGUGGUAGUCAACUGUUAUACUGCAAAUUCAAAUUUUGGUACUAAAUUUUUUGCCGGACCCACUAGUGUUGGACCGCACGGAAUCAUUCAAGCAUGUUGUCACUUUCCUAUGAGUGAAUUUGAAAGCUACCUGUUAAAUCGCUGUAUACCAAUUUUAAGUCGUGAAGUGCUAGAAGGAGAGAAAUACGUAGAAUUUAUGGAAAAUGUUAAAGGUUAAAUUUGACUUACAAUCAUUUGAUACUUGAAACGAUUUUUUUACAUCCUUCUGUUGUCAUAAUUUAAAAUCUAUGAAAUGAACAAUACUCUGCA